AUUGUGUGUUUGUCCCAUUACAACUGGGACGAUGUGGUGCCAAUCGGUGCUGCUACGUCGACAGGAGAGCCACAGAGCUGAAAACCGAUUGCUCGAGCUUCGCAGAGAGGGAUGUAGCUGGGCAGGAAGCGCACAGUACAGGACACUCACUAGACAUACUUCGUAGCUGUCAGAAUAUAGCUCAGUGUGUCAGUCACAUCAGAGAUAUUACUUCACGUCAUGGGAGAGAUCAUAUUUGAUCAAAUAAUCACACAGCCUGGAUGUUUUGUGUAACGGACACAAGAAGACGUGCCUGUAAAAGGAAUUAUUUAUGGUUUGGGAAGGUUUUAUGGGAGUAGCUAGCUAGCAACUUUGCUGGCUCGUCGGAGGACAUUUUGCAAGGAUGCUACGGUGGAUAAGGCAACAGCUGGGCUUUGACCCUCCCCAUCAAAGUGACACCAGAACGGUUUACAUCGCAAACCGCUUUCCUCAACAUGGCCAUUAUGUCCCUCAGCGGUUUGCAGACAACAGAAUCAUAUCAUCCAAGUACACCGUUUGGAAUUUUGUUCCCAAAAACCUGUUUGAACAGUUCAGAAGAAUAGCCAAUUUUUAUUUUCUCAUCAUAUUCCUGGUUCAGCUAAUGAUAGACACCCCCACUUCCCCUGUCACCAGCGGACUUCCUCUGUUCUUUGUCAUCACAGUAACUGCCAUCAAACAGGGCUAUGAGGACUGGCUGAGGCACAAGGCGGACAACGAGGUGAACGGGGCGCCUGUGUUUGUGGUGCGCAGUGGCAGCCUCGUGCAGACCCGCUCAAAGAACAUCCGAGUGGGGGACAUAGUCCGGGUGGCCAAAGAUGAGACGUUCCCAGUGGACCUGGUCCUCUUAUCAUCAGACCGAGCUGAGGGGACAUGUCACAUCACCACCACCAGCCUGGAUGGAGAGACUAAUCUAAAGACUCACUACUCUGUGCCAGAGACGUUGGUGUCUCAGUCGGUGUCCAGGCUGGAGGCCCUACAUGCUGUGCUGGAGUGUCAGCAGCCAGAUGCAGAUCUGUACAGGUUUGUCGGGCGAAUAACAGUAACACAACAAGGAGAAGAGAUUGUAAGACCCCUUGGGCCAGAAAACCUACUGCUUCGAGGAGCAAGACUAAAAAAUACCAAAGAAAUUUUUGGUGUGGCAGUUUACACUGGGAUGGAGUCCAAGAUGGCCCUGAACUACAAGUGCAAAUCCCAGAAGCGCUCUGCAGUGGAGAAGUCCAUGAACACCUUUCUGCUCAUAUACCUGGGCAUCCUGCUGUUUGAGGCGAUCCUCAGCACCAUCCUGAAGUACGCCUGGCAGGCUGAGAACAAAUGGGACGAGCCCUUCUACAACCAGAAGACGGAGCAGGAGAGAAACAGCAGCCAGAUCCUGAAGUUCAUCUCUGAUUUCCUGGCAUUUCUGGUCCUCUACAACUUCAUCAUCCCCAUCUCGCUCUACGUCACUGUGGAGAUGCAGAAGUUCUUGGGCUCGUUUUUCAUUGGCUGGGACUUGGACCUCUAUCACGAGGAGAGUGACCAGAUGGCUCAGGUCAACACAUCCGAUCUGAACGAGGAGCUGGGACAGGUAGAAUAUGUAUUUACGGAUAAAACCGGCACCCUGACGGAGAACGAGAUGCUGUUCCGUGAAUGUUCAAUCAACGGUAUCAAAUAUCAGGAAAUCAAUGGAAAGCUUGUACCUGAGGGAAUGACGGAUGACUCGCCUGACCGAUCUGUGUCUCCUCUGAGUCGGGAGGAGUUGCUGUUCCUAAAGGCAGUGUCGCUGUGUCACACAGUGCAGAUCAGCUACGAGCAGCCAGGCGACGGCCCGGGGGAUCCCUUCUCCCACGCUAAUGGCUUCUCCUCCCAGAUGGAGUACUAUGCCUCCUCGCCAGACGAGAAAGCACUGGUGGAAGCCACGAAAAGGAUGGGGGUAACCUUCAUUGGUAGCCACGGAGAAACUAUGGAAAUAAAAACGUUUGGAAAGCCAGAAAAGUUUAAACUACUCCAUGUACUAGAGUUUGAUGCAAACAGAAGGAGAAUGAGUGUCAUAUUACAGACACCCACAGGGGAAAAAGUACUAUUUACAAAGGGAGCGGAGUCCGCUAUUCUUCCUUUUACUACAAGUGGAGAAAUCAACAAAACAAGAGUACAUGUAGAUGAAUUUGCCUUGAAGGGCCUGCGGACCUUGGUGGUGGCCUGCAGACACUUCAGUGUGGAGGAGUAUGAGGAGGUGGACCAGCGGCUCCACAAGGCCCGCACGGCCCUGCAGCAGAGAGAAGAGAGGCUGGCCGAAGUUUUUAGCUUCAUAGAGAAGGACCUGGAGCUGCUGGGAGCCACUGGGGUGGAAGACAAGCUGCAGGAGAAGGUCCAGGAGACCAUUGAGGCGCUGCGCCUGGCUGGGAUCAAGGUGUGGGUGCUGACCGGGGACAAGCACGAGACAGCGGUCAGUGUCAGCCUCUCCUGCGGCCACUUCCACCGCACCAUGAACAUCCUGGAGCUGGUGCAGCAGAAGUCUGACAACGAGUGUGCCGAGCAGCUCCGACAACUGGCAAGGAGGAUCAAAGAGGACCAUGUGAUCCAACAUGGCCUGGUGGUGGACGGGGCCAGCCUGUCUCUGGCACUGCGGGGGCAUGAGAAGCUCUUCAUGGAGGUGUGCAAGAACUGCUCUGCCGUGCUGUGCUGCCGGAUGGCGCCCCUGCAGAAGGCCAAGGUGGUGAGAUUGCUGAAAACAUCCCCAGAGAAACCCAUCACUUUAGCCAUUGGGGAUGGAGCCAAUGAUGUCAGCAUGAUUCAAGAAGCCCAUGUUGGCAUAGGAAUCAUGGGCAAGGAGGGAAGACAAGCAGUACAAAACAGUGACUAUGCAAUAGCGAGGUUUAAAUUCCUUUCCAAAUUGCUGCUUGUCCAUGGCCACUUCUACUACAUUAGAAUAGCAACCCUUGUACAGUACUUUUUUUACAAGAAUGUGUGCUUUAUUACGCCCCAGUUUUUAUACCAGUUCUUCUGUCUGUUUUCACAACAAACUCUGUAUGACAGCGUCUACCUGACACUCUACAACAUCUGUUUCACCUCCCUGCCCAUACUGGUGUACAGCCUGUUUGAGCAACUGGUCCAUCCUCAUGUGCUGCAGAGUAAGCCAGUGCUCUACAGAGACAUCAGCAAGAACUCUCUCCUCUCCUUCAAGACCUUUUUGUACUGGACACUGCUGGGCUUCUGCCACGCAUUUGCAUUCUUCUUCGGUUCCUACAUCCUGAUGGGGGAGGACACGUCUCUCAUGGGGAAUGGACAGAUGUUUGGAAACUGGACAUUUGGCACUUUGGUAUUCACAGUAAUGGUCAUCACUGUUACACUGAAGCUGGCCUUGGAGACCCACUUCUGGACGUGGAUGAAUCACUUUGUUACCUGGGGCUCCAUCGCUUUCUACUUCAUCUUCUCCAUUUUUUAUGGGGGAAUCAUCUGGCCUUUCCUCCACACCCAGGACAUGUACUUUGUCUUCGUCCAGUUGCUGUCCAGCGGCUCUGCCUGGUUCGCAAUCAUCAUCAUCAUCAUCACCUGCCUUUUCCCUGACAUCAUCAAGAAGGUGUUCUACAGGCACCUCCAGCCCACCAGCACCCAGAAGUCUCAGAUGUACUCCAACCGAGUCGCUAUAAGUGACGACUUCAUCGCUCUGCAGCCUCUCUCCAGAGCCAAGAAUCAGCUGGGCAAAAUUAGCUUAUUGAGACCAACUACCAGGGCAUCGGCUGCGUGGACUCCAUGUGCUGCUACUCGGAGGGGGAGAAUGGGUGCACCCGGCUGGGCCGGAUGGUGGAGCAAGUAAUGGGCCGCUGCGACCCUGCCUGCGCUAACAGGUGUGACCCCAUGCUCUGUAGCCUCUACUGCUGCAGGCGCAUCUCCUACAAGCUGGAGCAGGACGAGCCCACUGCUCCCCAGGAGUAGCCGAAUAGAGAGAGGUCCUAGCCUAGUAGAGCGAGAGAGAGGUAGACUAGACUACGCUCUUACUGGUAGGACAGGCACCCCAGUGACAGCCAAAGGUUUUGUAUGGAGGGAGACUAGUAUCAGGAUCCUGGAUCUAAAAUGACCUUUAAUGGAGACUUGUUUAUCUUGUAUGCUAUGAUCAGCUUCAUGGGGUUCUUAUGGUCUAUUCUUCUUCCAUAUUCAGUGGGACAACGUGCUCACCAAUGUAGCCAUGUGUCUAUGUAAUCCGAUCUGUCCUUCCAAGUCUGUACUCUUAUGGAUUUCUUUUUAAAUCUUCUUUCACUCGUGGGCUUUUUGUAACCUAUCUUUGUGGCUGAUCGACCUUGUCGUCUUCUGAAGUUUUGUGCUUCUUUUAACUUUUCCAAAGCCUGCUGAGUCAGUGUGUUGCACAGUGUAGGCUAAGCCCAGGUUCAGAGUCCAAGUCGCUAUUGAUCUACAACAAUGUAUUUAUGUUGAAAGAUCUUUUCAGGAGAAUGCUACUCGAGGUAUAUUUAUUGGAUCAUUAUUAAAGUAUUCUCGUUCUGCAUUUUACCCGUACUCCUGGUCUUGCCAAAGUCUGUUUAUACUGUAUGUGUUUAUCUAUGGAGAAUGACUGCAUGAUGCCAGUGUGACGCUUUCUCAGCCCCUCCCUUGUCUGCCCACACAUGUACUCUACACCCUCACUGUCCCAACACUGUGAGGUGAGGCGAGCACUGGGAAAGAAAAGGAUCUAAGUUAGACUGAGACUUGUUCCGGCCUUAAUGCUAAGAUACUGCCACUGCAAAGGGGCAGAUAGAGACCCUACCAUGGGCCAUGGGAGGUAUAUAUCAGCCCUACUUUACUGUACCCUGUACUAUCACCGAGUGAUGAUGCUUGUGUUUUGACAUGCUGCAGUGUUUGGUGUCUGUGUGCCACAGCUGAAACACUGGGACCACACUCCCUGACAUAAAGAUACUGGAAAACUGUAGUCUCAAAAGGAGAAUAGGAGAGUGUUUUUGCUAUAUAUUUUAUACAGUUAAGUACUUGAAGCCUUAUAAGUGCUUUUGAGAGGAAGAAAACUCUUGUUGCAUGGGACUGCUUUUGGUAUUUUGUAUUCUGAGUAACCAGACGUUGUUGUGUGUGUCCCAUGAUAUUUUCUAUAAUGUCACUCCUCCUCUUGCUUUGCUGCACUUUGUCUGAACCUCUCGUCAUUGCCACUGUGUCUAAAAUCUAGAUAAUAUUCAACUUCCCCCAUCGAAGUUAUUUAUAUGCUGCUGUUAUCACCUUGACGUCACUAUUCAAUCUAAUAUUCUGCUGCUUGCCUUGUUCUCUGUUCUGUUAGAUGGCCAUAGACAAUGGACUAAUAGCUUGAUAUCAAGAGGGAGUGCCACUAGACUAGACAAUUCACACCAACAUACACAUUUAUCAAGAAAUACUUAUUUUUGAAAUUACACCGCACCAUGUACAUAUAAGCGCUUAAACGGUUGUCUUUGUCUGAAAGACGUAAUCCACAUAGCACGUAUAGGGUGUCGUUGAUACUUUUCAUCCAAAGAUAAAAUAAUGGGUAUAGUUGAAUGAGAUUCUACAGGAAUAUUGUUGAGAAGUGGUGAGUCUCUACUAUGUCCCCUGGUGGUGGUGUUGGCUUAUACAGGCUAUGAAAGAUGGGGGGAGGCCUUGUGCCUUUCUUGAAGGUAAGAGUUGAGCUUUCUUUUCAAGGGCUCUUAGAUAUUAGAAAAAUAUUAUGUUUGUUUUUUUUACUAUAGAUAUGCACAUAUAUAUUUAAGUUGUUUUAGAUAUUAUGCCUAUUUUUGUAUUAGCAGUAUAUACUCCGUCUAAAUGAGUUCAUAUAUAGUACAGCCAAGAAAAGAGCUUCAUAUUAUAAAAAUAAACAGUAUUUAGUAUACCUGGUUAUGCAUAGGAUGUAUUAUUCAUACAAUGACAUGCAGAUAGAGAAGGGAGACGUUGACUGUUUGUGUUCAAGUCAUCCAUGUUAAAUCAUCCUGUACUAACCCUCACUGUACGCACCUUAUUCUCCUCCUUUUUAGUUUGACUUUGUUUGCUUGUGCUGCUCCCUCUGUAGGUUGAAGUGUAGUGUAGGAGACAGGGUUGUGAGGCAGUGGAAGAUGAGCAGGAUGACAGGGCUUCAGAUCCAAGGCAGGGCCUCCUCAUGUCAAUACAGAUAAGGUCUUCAACCACUCCUGUGCCAUGACAUCCCCUUACUGUACCAUGUAAUGGCACGAUGGCUGUCCAUCCAACAGUAAAUGAAGGAUCUUUAGGCAGGUCAGAGACAGACAGACAAGCACUCCAGAGGUAGGUUUUCAGCUUAAUCCUCUCCCACCGCCACCCCUCACUCCUCUGUCGUUGAUGCUUUUAGAUUGAGGAGCAACUCGGACCCCUUCUAUUCCAACGACCGGAGCAUCUUGACGCUCUCCCCCAUGGAGGCCACUCAUUGCUAAGGUAGCAGAGAGCAGUUGUCCCGCCAGGUGCCCCGUCCCGCCCUGCCCCGUGGCCAAACAGAGGGACUACUCACUGCACGGCCCAGGGCUGACCACCUCAGUGGACAGUCAGACUAUAUCUCAAGAGAAGAACGUUGAAAGCCAUGAGGCUCUGCACCACCACUUUCAGAGAUGCUGCAUUUGCCUCUGUUCUGUUCCUGUAAAUAAUAAAAGGGAAUCAGACCAAAGAAGGAUUUGUCAGACUUAAGUGAAAAAAAAAAACAUGGUCUACUACUUUGCGCCUGUAGGUUAGUGCUGCUCCUGCUUCACCACCUGACUAUCUGAAAGGUCUGCCGCCUUUCCUGAGGAAAUUAGGUGGACCUUUUUAAAGCCAUACCUUCCAUUUUUACUAUCUGUUUUUCAAGGUAUGAAAAUGUGAAAGCAGUUUGGUCAGGUCUCUGGUAUUUAAAAAAAAAAAAUACAUAAAAAUAAAAAAAUCC